GCUUGCGCAGAUCCACUGAGGAGUGGGAGGCGGGCAGAUCCGCACCUAGUGAACUGAGGUGUAGCGUCCAGAGAAUACUUGUACCUACCAAACCUGCUAAUUGGGAAGAAUAUGGAUUCUGAAAAUACAGAAGCGGAAAGUAUGAGACCUAAAAAUCUGGAAAUUGAGACACUUUCUUCAAUUUCUACUCUGGAAGCACUCUCUGAGCUAAUUAAUCCUGAAGAAGAGGAUGAUUUUGACUCUGGACAGUCAAAUUAUUCAUCUAGCGUUGGAGCCAUGGGCCCUGGGAAUAUUGGACCACCACAAAGAGAAGAGCCUAAAGUCAUCCCUCAAGCCAGUGAGGAAAGGGGCGGGGACAUCUGGAAUCCAGAAGAGGUUCCAGAAGGAGCAGAGCAUGAUGAUAUGUGGGACGUUAGAGAAAUCCCAGAAUUUGAGAUAGUAUUCCAACAGCAGGUGGGAACUGAGGAUGUAUUCCUGGCAUUUACAAGAAAGGACCCUUCAACAGCAUGUUGUCAGGAUCUAGUGGUUAAAAUUAAACUGCCAGAUACAAACCCUUCUGAUAUUGACAUUGAUAUCCAGGAAAUGUUCCUUGACCUUCGUACUCCUAAUAAGAAGCUGUUGAUAACCCUUCCCCAUCCUGUGGAAUGCAGCAGUGCUAAAGCAUCCUAUACCCGAGAGACUGAGACUCUCGAAGUCACUGCAACCAUGAAAAGAGAGUUGGAUGUUGUUAAUUUUUUCUGAAACUGCAUGAAUAAGAAGAAAUAGGGAUAAAGUGGCAUUAUUCACAAUUAAAAAAUUUUGAAAAAUUGG